GCAUCUUACCCUACCCAACAUACCGCAUCCCGGUUUGUCCCCUCCCUCCUACUCUGCCGCUUCUCCUCUCUUCCAAUGGGCGCAGCCAGUCGGACGAAUCCUGUUUUGGCCUCUGUGCUGAGGGCUUCUCCACGCCUCCAUCAUUGUACAUGCAUAUCCUGUCAUCCGUACGCGUGGAUGGGCUGGGUGGGUUCCCGCUCCUUGACUCUCUUCUGCCAUACCCAACGUGCUGCCGUUGGUAUUACUCUGGUAUAUCACCCUCUCCCCCUCUGCUAUCCCUCACACCCACAGGCGCACCUGUGCAUGGAACAAGCCGUUUCCAAACUCCUAACUCUACGUCCUUGGACGUCAUUUGCUUGCCCAUCAGAGUCAUGAGUUGUAGCGCAAAGCCCAACUGACGCAUAUAUGAUAUUUGGCCAUAACUCCUCGUCAGACGUCUUGCACCUGUGUAGAACGCCCCCCAAUACACUGCUUGCUUGACAUCGUGUCCGUCCCCCACAAAUACAACUUCGUUACACCAUGUCCUACAUGGAUCGUUCGCGAGGACCCUCGCUGCCAUCACCGGCUCCGAAUCCAGACAAGCCCCUAGAGCCUCCGCAACGCUUACGGCGCAAGUUGCAGAAAACGUUUCCCAAACAGAGGUUCCUGUCCAUCCGACGUCCCGCACCUAUCGAUCCGUCAGUGUCAAACAAACUCAAUACCGGGGUGGCAGUGGCUGCCCACCAAGCCGGAACCGUCGGUCAACCUUCAUUACGUCUGUCGCCAGACCUUAGCGAUGCCAAAUGGCAUCAGUAUCUGGGGGAGAGCAACGCGGUGCAUGACACAACGAGCACGCCCAAGACGCCCGACAAAGCAUCUAGAGGGGUUUCCUUCGACAUGUCUGCCCCAACCCUGAUACCAGAGUUCUCUCACCUCGCCGUCAGCAAUACAACACCUAGGCCCUCCCUCGACAGCUCGCUCAGCUCGCCGACCUCGUCAAUAAGCACGAGAUCAAGCAUGAGACGCCGCGCAAAGACUCCUAUCUACGCCAUCGGCCAGCUGGAGAGCCCUGCAUGCGGCAGGGAUUCCGCUACUGCUGACAAGGUGUCGAGCGUCGACCUCAUCGCCGACCAGUACCGUGCUCUCCUCGAAACACAAGACGCGAGCUCAGUUUGCGCCGGCGCCCGAUCCGAUCCUCUGCCCUCGCGGCAAGCCUCACGUAGGCGGUCCUCUCAUGCACCGUCACAACAUAUAGCCGGAGAGACACUCCCCGCCAAGCUAAGGCCUGACGUCUACAAGCCGGCACCCCUGCGCAACGUCGUGGCGCACUCCCCGGGAUCCGACGACGGCACUCUGGUUGCUUUUGACGAAGAAGCGAUAUACUUCAAGCCCAUGUCCUUCUCGUCAGAGUCUCCGCCAACGCCGUCGUCGUCGUCGUCGUCGCCGCCGCCGCCGCCGCCACGGAACCGCGCUCGCCUACAGCGCAACUCUUCAUCCUUAGCACCAUCGAACCACAACCUAAGCUUGCAAAUUGCCACGGACCUUUUGACGCGCGAGCUAUCAACUACCAUGUUGGACCGGUCGCAACAUAUGGGGACGGACAUUUCAUCUUUACAGAUCUGGGUUAUGAUCGAAGCCUACGAAAGACUGCGGGACCAGGUCAUGGAGAUGAGCCAGCAAAACGAAGAUGCCAAGAACAUGGAGGCCAUGUUCGACACUUGGCUACGAGCACUUUACAGUAUGCACGAAAGAAUGACCAAUGAUGCGGCAUCCCGCGGGAGUCGAUACGACGAGGCAGAGCUGGAAACGGAGGAUCUAGACUGAUGGCAUCACCUACUUUGAUACCCACAGUACGGCUACUUUGGAGAAGGAGGAUGAGUCGAAGGGGUUUGGAUGGUUUUUUUGACUUGUAAGACUAGGUAGAUCAUGAAAGGACAGCAAUGUCAAUGUCCGAGCCCGUUAGAAGAAAUUGGAUACGGCACUAUUCGGAGCAUUCCGUGCUGAUGCUGGGGAAAUUUCGCUUAUGGAGCACGGUUGUGUGACAUCCGUCCAUCCAUCCCCGCCCUUUGCGAU